AUGCCGUUCUUUCGCCAGUCCAAGUCCCAGCCUCGGUGGCCUGGGGUCGCGGUGGCAGCCCUCCUCACGGCGAGCUCCUUCGCCGACGCCUACGUCCUCCCGCGCUACAUCAAGCCAUCUCAGUUGCUGGAUAGCUACGACUAUGUCAUUGUGGGAGGUGGAACCGCGGGUCUGACGGUGGCAGACCGCCUGACCGAGGACCCGAAGACCAACGUCUUGGUCCUCGAGGCCGGUAACUGGGGCAACAUGUCCGACAACCUCAUGGUCUACGUUGCUGGCAGAUCCGGAAGCUUCACCGACCCCAUGUGGCCCGGCCUCCAGUCUGUGCCGCAGCCCAACUUGAACGGGAGGCCCGGCAACGUCCUCGUUGCCAAGCAGGUCGGAGGCGGCUCUUCCGUGAACGCCAUGAUGAACAUGCGUGGCUCUGUCGAGGACUACGACCGCUGGGCUGCCCUGUUCGGAUCCGAGGCUCAGAAGGGCACUGCCGACUGGAGCUGGGAUGGCAUCUUGCCGUUCUUCAAGAAGGGCCUCCACUUCACUGAGCCCCCUCCCGAGCUCACCGACAACUUCGACAGCGUCAAGUACGACGCCUCCUACUGGGGCGACUCCUCGGAGAUCUAUGCCGGUUGGCCCCGGUUCUACUACCCCGGCGUGACCCCGCUGGUGGAGGCCUUCAAGGAGAUCGAGGGCGUCGAGUUCCCACCCGACAGCGGUGCCGGACAGCCGGGCGUCUUCUGGUUCCCCACGCUCAUGGAUCCCCGUUCCGUCACGCGCUCCUACGCCGGCAGCGGUCACUACCUCAACGUCAACGCGACCCGCCCCAACUACCACCUCUUGGUCGACACCCAGGUCCGCAGGCUGGUGGUGGACGACGCGCUCUGCGCCAAGGGUGUCGAGGUCCCCGUGGGCAACAGCACCCUGGUCACCGUCAAGGCCAAGAAGGAGGUCCUCCUCGCCGCCGGCGCCGUCCACACCCCCCACCUCCUGCAGCUGAGCGGCAUCGGGCCCAAGAAGCUCCUCGAGGCCGGAGGCAUCGACGUGCGUGUCGACCUGCCCGGCGUUGGCCAGAACUUCCAGGACCACAGCAACCUUUCCGGGGUGAACAUCACACUCACUAAGCUCGCGUCGAUUCACCCCAACCCGCGGGAUCUGGUUGAAGGAAGCGAAUUCCAGGCCUGGGCCGAAGAAGUGUGGCAGGCUAACAAGACUGGCCCGUACUCCCUCGCCUUCACCAACCUUGCCGGCUGGCUCCCCUUCACCACCAUCACGGACAGGGCCGACGAGAUCGCCACGAAGCUGGAGCAGCAAGACUUCGCCAGCCUGCUGCCGGCCGACACCGACGCCACCGUGCUCGCCGGCUUCGAGGCGCAGAUGAAGAUCCUGGCCGCCCAGCUGCGCUCCAAGAACACGGCCUUCACCCGCUUCCAGCUGGUCCCGGACCACGGCUCCCAGGGCCCCGUGGCGAUGCAGUCCUUCAGCCGCGGCUCCAUCAACAUCAACACGGCCGACCCCUGGAACACGGAGCCCGUCAUCGACUACCGCGCCCUGACCAACCCCGUCGAGGCCGACUUCUACGUCGAGUCCAUCCGCUUCCUCCGCCGCUACAACUUCGAGACCUCCCUGGCCGCCGAGUUCGACCCGGUCGAGUACGUCCCCGGCCCCAACGUCACCUCGGACGCCGACCUCAAGGCCUACAUCGCCGGCGCCCUGUCGCCCACCGACUACCACCCCGUCGGCACCGCCUCCAUGCUGCCGCUCGAGCUGGGCGGCGUCGUCGACCAGACCCUGCGCGUCUACGGCGUCAAGAACCUGAGAGUCGUCGACGCCAGCGUCAUGCCCAUGGUUCCCGGCGCCAACACGUGCCAGCCUACCUACGCCCUGGCCGAGAAGGCCGCGGAGAUCAUCAAGCAAGGCAUCUAA